AUGUCUCAAACAAGGAAACCUCCUCAUCCUCGUAGGAUCUUCCGACAAAAGAAGGACCAUCUCCCACACGACAUCGUACUCAACAUCUUGGCAAACCUGCCUGUCAAAUCAGUCCUAAGAUUCAGGUGUGUUUCUAAAACCUGGGACUCCUCUAUCAUCACUCCUAGUUUCAUCUCCACCCACCUUAAUCUUAGAAAUAACAACAGCAACUUAGCUUAUCUCAUAAGCUUUGCUUCUACCACUACUUUUGACAGUACCAUCCCAAGCUUUAUCGGUGGUUACGACCCCACAUUUAAUAGGAUUUCCGAGUACCCAAUUCCCUCUGGCUUUUUUCCUUCACAUUAUUCCUACACAGCCGAUUCAUGCAAUGGCUUGGUGUGUUUCACUAAUCAUGAAGACCAUCCCACUAAUACUGGUGCUAUUUAUUUGUGGAACCCCAGCAUUAGAAAACUUAAGAGGUUGCCUGGUUUUUCCCAAACCCAAUAUCUUAGGUUUUGUACUGGAUUUGCUUAUCAGUCCAACACCAAUGACUUCAAGGUUGUUAAGAUCUCUCAAAUGCCUGGGAUGAAGACUGAGGCUGAGGUUUACACAUUGAGCUCCAACUCUUGGAGAAGGGUUGAAAUCUCAUUGGCAAACGCUGUUUUGGGAGUGCCUGACGACAAUCGGACUGCCACAUUCGUUAGUGGAGCUUUGCAUUGGUUGGGAAAUGUUUCUGAAGGCGAAUCUCUUUUCAUGAUUUUGUCAUUUGAUGUCAAUAAUGAUAAAUUUGGAGAGAUAGCACUCCCUCAUGCACAACAACAACAACUGCUACCACAAGGUGUAAUGGCAAAAAUAAAUCGUCUGAUGGUGUUCAAGGGGAAACUGGCCUUCAUUACAUUGGGUUACCUCAGAUUCGAAGACGCCAACUUAGACGAAUACAAUGACUUUAUGACGUCGCAUACACCUCGUUCAUGCUUCAUAUGGGUGAUGGGGGAGUAUGGUGUACAUGAAUCAUGGAGUAAACUUUUUUUUGUCCAGUUUGAAAAUGUUGUCUCUGUACGUUUCUUUGGUUGCCCCAGUCGUGGUGAACUGCUAGUUAUAAAGAAGCUUAAUCCUGAAUCCAACACUGAACGGAGGUUCACAGUUGUUUCGCUUGACCUUGAAACUUCACGUGAGAGGGAUCUGGGUUUCCAAAAAGUUCCAGAUAUAGCUACUACUUUUAUGGAAAGCCUUGUGUUACUUGAUGGAGCAACUGAGCUAUCUGGAUAA